GCGGGCGAUUGAAACGUGCGUAUAUACUCGUAGUAAACUGGAGCUCUGGAAUAGAAGGUCGUGAAAGAGUGUGAAAAAGUUUUGUUUUAUUUUCUACUGAGAUUUAUUCGGAAGAAGAUAUUUAUAGUUCCUAAUCCGAAUAAAUUUUACUGUCCAAAUAGUCAGAAAUCAAAAUGUUACAUUACGCCAUCGCCAUUUUCAUGAGUUUUGCACUAAUUCCAUUGGUUUUGAGUCGACAUAUAGAUCUCGAUACCAGGGGAAGGCAUGAAGAUGCGAGAGGAGAAAAUAACCACAGCUGGCAAGUGACAAGAACACACCUGCGUCUCCACGCGAAACCACCGAGAGUUCUACGUGUGAAAGAAGGUGAGAAUCAAUUUCUGGAGUGUCAAGCUGGUGGUAACCCUUCUCCAGUUAUUCAUUGGUUAAAAAAUGGCGUAAAGUUGUCACAGAAUGGUAGAGAUGGAGACGAGGAAUCUACAGUUGUAUCUGACGACUUUUUGCAGAUUGAAAACAGAGCACCCAAAACAAACAUCGGCUCUACGACCAGCAGACUCUAUUUAGACUGCAUAUCUGCAAAAGACGAGGCAGAAUACACUUGUGUUGCUGAAAAUCCUUACCACAGAACAAGUACAACAACUCAGGUUUAUGUUGCGCCAUCCAGUGAAGACACAGCAUGCCCGGAGAAUAUAUUUGGUACAGCUCCCCGGAUUUAUGCCUGGACCAAGACUAUGAUUGAAAACCAAGGGCAAGAAACGAAGCUGACAUGUCGAGCAAGUGGACACCCAAGACCUACCAUAGAAUGGUUCGAUUCUCGAGAAGAGGAAUUGGGAGUCACGGGUACUUCAAAGUAUGAGAUUUUGCCCAAUGGUGAUCUUGUAAUUCGCGAUUUGACGUGGAGCGACAUGGGAAAUUACAUCUGCAUUGCUUCAAAUGUUCAUGGUACUGCCAAAGAAGAAAUAUUUUUAUAUCCAGCAGCUAUCGAAGCAUGAAGAUCACAUGAAGUAACGGAAUAUCUUCAAUGAAAGUUAAGAAGAAGAAAGCGUAAGAUUCUAUUGAAUCUGGCUUACAGCAGGCUAAAAUUAAAAAACAAAUUGUAACUCAGUUCUUUUCCCACUUCUCUCAUGGACAUGUUUUCAAGAACUUAAAUUUUGUAUUUAUUAUAUUUUGAUUUCAUAUUUGUAUACCAUUAUUGUACAUACAUCAGUUUCAAUAAAACCUCAGACUAUUUGGUGAUA